UUAAGUAUGCGUUUCUUUUUACUUCAGGGGAAAUGCUCUUUCUAAACCUCGCAAGUUAUGAGGUGUGGACGUUAUUAAUUGCUGAGUCUAUUUGGGGCCAGGUUAAAUGUAAGAAUUGUGAUGUGUUCCCUGGUUUUGCGAGGUCUGUUCAGUCUCUCUGAGACCAGUGAUGUGCAAGGUGGUGGUGGUGGUUGUUGUUUUACUCUUCUCCAAGAAAACGUUACUUGUUCUUUGUCCGGUUAGAUUCUUUCUCUGCUCCAGAUUUAGGUAGACGAUGAGCAAUGGUGUGGGAUAGUUGGGACAGAGACAACAGUGUGAUUUUUUUGAGGUGAUUUUUAAGCCAUUUGCUUCAAAAGGAGCAUCUCACACUGGGAACUGUUGUAAACAUCGAACUUGUGUGUUCUCAAUCUCAUGGUUGUCUAUUGUUGUCAUUUUAAAAAUGAGGAAACCGAGGCUGAAGGAUUAAGUAGCUUCCUGAAACCACGUGUGUGGAAACGGAGAAGGUGCGCUGUUUCGGGGUGUCUCUCCGUGUGACUUGGAACUUUGUUCUUCGCCUCGUGUCCGUCUUAAGCUUACUGAGAGCCCACCCUAAAUAACAUCGUGCUCUUUGUCCCUGGGGAGUGUUAUUUGCAAAAGGUUGUCAUUUUAUUUGGAUUCUUUUCUCCUUGGUAACUUGUAAGUCACUGCUCACAGACUUGAUAAUCUUGUUUGAACUCCAAUUUCCUGCUGACCUUUCCCAGGGAGGGAUUUUGAAACUUUUUGUAAUUAAAUAAAUAUAUACUUUGUGGCUUAUUUUUGGUAUUCCUACUUCUGUUUAACACAUAAUUGUGGGGCGCUUGUGCACGCCAGGCCCUGAAGAAAGAUUUUAAACCCUGGUGGUCGUGAGAGGAAGGCCUGAAUGCUGGGAAGCGCCUUUAUCGUAUGUCUUCCUGAAUCUCAGGUGUAUUAAGGUUCUAAGGGAGAGUCUGUGUGAAAAUGUGACUCACAUCAUUAAAAAAUAAUGUGAAAAACGCUUCUUCAGGAAGCCACGAAGAUUUAGAAGGUGAGGCCUCUUAGGAUGGAUCAUCACGAGGGAGAUCGUACAUGUAACUGGCUGCUUAAAAUGCAGUGCCCUCUGAACUUACCACCUCAUGACGCUGGAGGGCCUGAAGACACCCAGAUUUCCACACAGCAUCGCAGGCACAUGUAAUCUGAGACUUUGUUCCUUUUGCAUAUCCUUCUGGUAGUAGUUAACUGCGUUUUCAAUGCCAUUAAACCUUUAUUUUUCGCAUAAUGAAGAAUGUUUGCGCUGAUAAAUCCACUUAAUCAAAUAGUAAAUAAUACAUUUUUAAUAAAUAGUAAGAAUCUUGUUUCUGCAUGAAAUAUAUUGUGCCCUCCCUCAUUCAUACAUAGGAACUAGGCCCCAGACAAAUUGGAUGGUUAACCUAUCCAAAUUUUGAUUUCCUUUUCUGGCCAUAUGGCAGAUAAAAUGUGCAAAGAAGCCAUUUGUCGUGUAAAACACUUACAUGCAGGAUAAAAUAUAAAAAUGUAUAUAUUUUAAAAAGCAUGCCUGGACUUCACUGUAAAUUAAGGAAAAUAAUCAGAGGCCAGAAAUGAGGAGAGAUGGUGAUACCAUAGGGACAUGUAGAUCUGACACUUAACCUUAAGGUUACUACCUGUUUCUAGUCACCUAGCAUCUGGCCAUUAACUUGUGGUGCAUAUUCUGAAUAGGAGACAAAAUGGCAAUGCCUGAGUAGGGUGAGAAUCAGAUCAAAAACUCAUAUUAAGUCACUGAUGUCACACAUAGCUAGUAGACGGAGAUGUGAUUGCUUGGGCUUGGUUCUGCAUACGGUGAAGGGCUUAUUUCCAAGAGAGUUCUUACCAGAAAUUCUUCAUCAUGCAGAUUCAAAGCUGGAAUGCAUUAUUUGUAUGACACAAGCCAAAAAUGUAUUUUACAAAUGUCCCAGGUGUGACUGCACAGAAAAGUUACAGAACAAAUUUGACUUUUUGCGCUCACAGUUGAAUGAUAUUUCUUCGUUUAAGAAUAUCUACAGAUAUGCCUUUGAUUUUGCAAGGGAUAAAGAUCAGAGAAGCCUUGAUAUCGACACCGCUAAGUCUAUGCUCGCCCUGCUGCUUGGAAGGACAUGGCCGCUGUUUUCAGUGUUUUACCAGUACCUGGAGCAAUCGAAGUAUCGUGUUAUGAACAAAGAUCAGUGGUACAAUGUGUUAGAAUUCAGCAGAACCGUCCAUGCCGAUCUUAGUAACUACGAUGAAGAUGUGCUUGGCCUGUUUCUUCUCGAUGAAUUUGUUGAGUGGCAGAAAAUCCGUCAGACAUCAUAGCAAGAGCUCUUGCAGAGAAAAAUGCAAACCUUCUGAUGCCCACGUGUGUACAGGCUGAUGAGAGGAGAAAUCCAAAGGCUGCAUUUUCCUUCAUGUGAAGACUUCUCCUAGUACUUUGUUUUCCUUUUUUUUAAAAGGAAGUUUUCUUGUUACAUGUGAUGGGCAUUGAGCCACACCUCUCCUGAGACUGAGUAUCCAAGUUUUGUUUUGGGUUAUGUUUAUAACAUUUAUUUCAGAACAAUAAAGAUUCAGAUUUGUGACAAAGGCCUUAA